ACACACUCACAGACGGUUAGCCGUUGAGCAUUGCCGGUUACCGGAGGACCGGAGCUGUUGAGAACGACGAGGGUCUCACUCUCAGGUUCAUCCACCGGCGAGGAGGAUGUCGCGGAGUAAAGGAAGCAACAUUUUCAGCGGAUACCGAGCCCUGGCGCUCUACUGCAACCAGGUCCCGCACGUGGUCCGUUUCCACCAGCGACACCGAGAGUUUUACCUGAUCACAGCCGUGGGCGCUGCUUUUCACACUUACAACGUGAAAAAACUUGGGAUUGUUGCAGUUAGCAAUGCACUUCCUGAAGACAUCACUUGUCUGGCAGCAGACAGAAUGCUUGUGUUUGCAGCUCAUGGCAACUCAGUAAAAGCAUUUGCUAGAAACAAGGAGAUUGUGCACUCUUACAAAGGACAUAAUGGAGAGGUCCACCUCCUGUUGCCAUUUGGUGAUCACAUGAUUUCAGUGGAUCGUGAUAACAAACUCAUAGUUUGGAAUGUACAAUCAGAGGAGGAGUAUCUUCAGUUGAACUUUGAUAAAAUCAUGUUUACAAUUUCUGCCCUUUUGCAUCCAAGCACCUAUAUCAACAAAAUUCUUCUUGGCAGUCAACAAGGGAGUCUUCAACUAUGGAAUAUCAAGUCCAACAAACUUUUGUAUACCUUUCAAGGUUGGGGCUCAGGAGUAUCAGCGCUUCAACAGGCCCCAGCAGUGGAUGUAGUUGCGGUAGGCCUCCUGUCUGGUCAGAUAAUUAUUCAUAAUGUGAAAUAUGAUGAGAUGUUGAUGAAAUUCCAACAAGAUUGGGGACCAAUCACGGCAAUAUCAUUUCGUACAGAUGGUUAUCCAGUGAUGGCAGCCGGGAGCCCUGUGGGUCAUAUUGGACUAUGGGACUUGGAGGAAAAGAAACUGAUUGCUCAAAUGAGGGAAACCCAUACAACAGCAGUUACAGGACUAACAUUUGUUCAUGGAGAACCACUUCUCAUUACCACUGGUGAAGACAAUGCAAUUCGGGUAUGGAUUUUUGAUGCUCCGGAAGGUGGAGGUCGCCUUUUACGUUGCCGUAUUGGUCACAGUGCCUCUCUAACUAAAAUAAAAUAUCAUGGAUCUGAUGGACAAAAUAUUCUUAGCUCUGGGCAUGAUGGAACUUUGCAGUCAUUUUCCACUAUUCACGAACGUUUUAAUAAGAGUUUGGGACACGGUUCAAGCAAUAAAAAGAAGUCCAAAAAGAAAGGGUUGAGAUAUGAUACCAGGAAGCUGUCUCCUAUUACUACAUUUGCUUCAGAAACAGCACGCCAGAGUUAUUGGGAUGGAAUUGUUGCCUGCCAUCAAGGGUAUUUAAUCAGCACAACAUGGAAUUAUCAGAAAGCCUCAAUGGGAGCACACAAAUUUGACCCCAGGUCAUUUCAUAAAGAUCGUAUGCUGGAUGUAUACGCCAUGGCUGUGGAUCUUACAUCUUGUGGGAAUUUUGCUGUUGUUGGCCUUUCUUCAGGCCAUGUGGAUGUAUAUAACAUGCAAUCGGGCAUCCAUAGAGGGCAGUAUGGUAAAGACAAAGCUCAUGAAGGCCAGAUCCGAGGGGUUGCUGUUGAUGGACUGAAUCAGCUCACAAUUACUGCUGGUGGGGAUAAAAUGAUCAAAUUUUGGAAAUUUAAAUCAAAGGAAUUGAUUUACACAACAACACUAGCGGCAUCGCCAGCUAGCAGUUUGCUACACAGAGACAGUGGCAUGUUGGCUGUUGCUAUGGACGACUUCAGGAUUGUGGUUCUCGAUAGUGAAACAAGAAAGUUUGUGAGAAGAUUCACUGGACAUCAGAACCAAAUAAAUGAUAUGACUUUUAGUCCAGAUGGUCGUUGGUUAAUUUCUGCGUCAAUGGACUGCACCAUUAGGACCUGGGAUCUCCCAUCGGGAUGCCUAAUAGACUGCUUCUUGGUUGACUUGGCAGCUGUCAGUAUUACUAUGUCCCCCACUGGAGACUUCCUAGCUUCUGCUCAUGUGGAUGAUUUGGGAAUUUACCUCUGGUCCAACAAGACGUUGUAUAAUGUUAUUUCCCUUCGACCACUGCCUGCUGAUUACCAACCUACUUUCGUAAUGCUUCCUGGAGUGUGCCAACAACAAGAACUAGAGGCUUCAGACAUUGAAGAGGAAGACGAUGACCAAAUGAUAAUAUAUGAGUCAGCUGAACAGCUCGGAGAGCAGUUGGUAACACUCUCAUUGCUUCCAGAAUCACGCUGGAAAAAUCUCCUCAACCUCGAUGUUAUCAAGAAAAGAAAUCAACCCAAAGAACCACCUAAAGUGCCCAAAUCUGUUCCAUUCUUCAUUCCAACUAUUCCUGGCCUUGUCACUCAAUUUGCUGCUGAACAACAACAAACUACUGAGGAUCAGUCCAAAGUGGUCAAUCUGGGUGUAUUGACUCAAAAGACAGAAUUGUACUUGCAGCUGGAAGGUGCUUUAAACACCAACAAUUAUGACUAUGCAGUUAAACUUAUGAAAGAAAUGGGACCAUCAAAUAUUGACAUUGAGCUGAGGAGCUUGGCCCCGGAAGGAGGUGGUUCUACGGAGGUUAUGCUGAGCUUUCUGCAAAUGAUUAGCAGCAUGCUUCGUAGCAAGCGUGAUUUUGAAUUGGCUCAGGCCUAUCUGGCAUUGUACUUGAAGCUUCAUCUUAAGGUUAUUGCUGUUGAGCCAGUGCUAUUAGAAGAAAUAUCGAAAGUAUCUAUAUUGCUGGAAGAAACAUGGACACACAUGCAAGCUCUUUUCAACCAAAGCAUGUGCCUGCUGGGAUACAUAAAAAGUGCUCUAUUGUAGUUUGAAACCUGGUAUUACUAAAUUAUUUACUGCAUAUUCUAAAUAGAAUGCAGAUAAUUUAAUUUACCCACAGAAGUCAUUGAGUUGUGUUUUUAUUAUUCAUUAUAGGCUGAGCGUAUGCAUUACCAUGUAUGAAAAUUGCAUCUCAAAGCUAAUUUAUGUAUUUUCAAUUUUCUGUUGAGCUUAAUUCCUUAAAAGGAAUGUUGUACUAAUGUUGUAUUUAAGCAUGUUUACAAUAGGGUACUACAGAAGAGAAAAUAGUUCAAAACUUGCCAAAAACAUUUUUCUAUACCUUUUAUAUUUUGUUCAUGCUAACUGUGAUAUGUCCUUGCUUACGUUGCUGUAUAAAUAGAAAUGGUUAUAUUUUACCAUUAUACCAGUUUGUACAGUAAAAGUAAAGUAUUUUGUAUAAAAUACACCUUGUUAUCUUCUUCUUGUAAUAUAUUUUGUAGCUCAUUGCAAAUAAUCUCAAGUCAUUUCACCAAAUUGGUUCAUUUUAUUUCCUCACACUGUUUUCAGUUGU